CGGAGGAGGGUGUGACUUGCUGGCUCUUUUUCCGCCUGUAUAAAGCGAGAAGUUUGCGCAAAAGAAAACACAGAUGGAGAAGGCCAGUCGGCUCGCUGUGUCACAGAGAGUCACCUUAAGCCCGUGUGACAACUCCCAUUCUGUCCCUUUGUGACAAGCUUAAUCACUAUAAUGCCCGGUCUCUGCGCGCUUUGUCUCGCCGUCGCGCUGGCUGCGCUCGCCCGGCUCACCGGUUCUGUGGGGCCGGUGGUCCGAUGUGAGCCGUGCGACGCCAGAGCGCUGCAGCAGUGCAAACCGCUGCCGAAGGACUGCGCGGAGAGCUUGAGGGAGCCUGGCUGCGGCUGCUGCAUGACGUGCGCCCUCGGCGAAGGACAGGCUUGUGGAGUGUACACUGCGCGCUGCGGCUCCGGCUUGACCUGCAAGCACCAGCCCGGGGAGAACCGUCCUUUGCAAGCUCUGUUGGAGGGACGAGGGGUAUGCACCAGCGCAACAAAAAAACUCAUCAGCUAUCUUAAGCCGGCGCAAAAACAAGAAAAUGCAGGGAAUCAAGUGGACGAUGGCGCCAAUGUGACCGUGACGGUCGUGCCUGCUGAGGAAACUGUGAACUGCGGGCAUAGCCCAGGGUCAAUGAACACUAGGCCUCCUCUGCACAACACACUUAUCCAGAAGGCUGAAAAUAGGAAGACGCAGAGCUACAAGGUGGAACCUGUGUCGGGAGGAGUCAGUAAGGACAUGCACAACUUCUCCCUGGAGAGCAAGAGGGAGACUGAGUAUGGGCCAUGCCGACGGGAGAUAGACAGCAUCAUGAACAGCCUGAAGAUCAACAACGUGCUCAACCCUAGAGGCUUCCGCCUUCCUAACUGUGACAAAAAGGGCUUCUACAAGAAAAAACAGUGUCGCCCAUCCAAAGGCAGGAACCGGGGCUUCUGUUGGUGCGUGGACAAAUACGGGCAGCCUCUCCCUGGCUACGAUGACAAGCAGGGCAAGACAAAGUGCUAUCACCUGGAGAGUAAAUGAGGGGAGAACAGAUGAGACAACCCAUGGAUGGAGAGAAAGAGGGGACGGAGAGAGAGAGGAAAACAGCACAAAAAAGUCGAAAAAGGAAAUGGAACGAAAGGAAUAAGGGAAAGGGAACGAGGACCUGUUUUUGCUCUUGCAUGUAGAUUGAUGUAAACAUUUGAAGGAACUUUGGACCUUUUGUUUUAGGUCCCAUUUCAGGGGUGGGGGGAGUACAAGGAUUAGGGAGAGGGUAGGGGGUGGAGCACAGUCUCCUGUCCUUUACAGCUAUCUGUCCUAUACUUAGGGAACCUCCAUCCUUUCUUUAAAAUAUGUAUAAAAACCAGUUAAGCUGAGACAGAAUGGGAGGAAAGAAUAAAUCCUAUCAUCUGCACUAUUUUUAAAGGGGGAGAGGAAGGAGGGACUUUCCCACUCACUUUAAAGAGGACUUGUUUAUGACUGUGACCCCGCGCCCCCCUCUAAGAAAGUCACACCAACACCGAUCUAUCAUGUGUGUGUUUGUUGUAAGUGUGUAACCGCGAGGUUUGUUUGUCUUUUAAUCCGUGAGCGCCUGCAUAACUUACGUUUUCACAGCUGCCUGUCUGUGCAAGAUGGUGUGUGAGAGCAUGCUUUCCCAAAACAGCUUCCCUUCCUUCGACCCUGCUGCAUCAAACAAUGCAGAAAAAGACAACACCUUCUGGCUCAGGGUCCAUUUAGUUGUGUAAGGUGUAUGGAAUGGCAGACGUUUUUUUUAUUUAGCACGUUGACCUCCUUUCUUUGCUGCCUUUUUGCUGUUUGUCACUGAUGCGCAGGGUAGAUGGAUUGAAGGCAAAUUGUACAGUUAAAGUGCCUUAAAAUCUUUAACACCUCCCUUUUCCUUCUUAAUUGCAAGAGACAAGUUAUGUUUCAAAUGUUAAGACUUGAGAAGUCUUGAGAAGACUUGAGAGCAUCCAAUGCAUGAUACAUUUCUAGAUUUUGAUAAUUGUUUUAGAACAAAUAGGUAAAUCGGCAUAACUUCUUGCAGUGAUCCAAGGCAUCGCAUCCUCUGGUUAACCAGAUUUUGAAGGAAGGACAUUAAAAAUACCAUCCCCACCUGACUGAUGGAUGUUUGCUGAAUUGAAAAGCCGUCCAAACUAACCUCAUAAGUUCUCAUGAGUGCAUUUAAAAGCUAGUUUGCUCACUUGAAAUUUUCUGGAACAUCAGAUUUUUGAUGGUUUUCUAGUAAAGGCAGUGCAAUCUACUUAAAAUCUGCUUGCAUGUUUACAAAUAUGACAUUAAUUUUUCUUCCCCGUGUUCUCCCAUGUUCUGUGUUCAUUCUUCUCUCUCAUCGUUCUUGCAGCUCUGAGGUUCUCUAGUCCUUAAUCACAUGCCAUUGUCCUCAGCUUGCCCGCUUUCUGUGUAUGUGCCUGAUCCUGAUCCCUUAGCCCACCUCUUCCUGUCUUAGUGAUGCAACAUGGUGUUUGCUUGUUUCAGUUUUCUUUUCUUUAUGGGUCAAGUCAGGUGUGACCGUUUUGCUCUGCCACAGGUGCCAGCUGCCCCCUAUGCUUCAAGCACAAGCACUUAUAGCACUUUAGCUGUCCCGCUGCUACGCAGUUCUAGACAAUUGGACCUAUCUGUGUCUGCGUACCUUUCCAUGGCGGUAAUGCCAAAUUUAACAGCGUGUUAUAAGAAAACAAUAAUAUUCCAUUGAGAAAAAGAAAUGAAAGUAAAUUUAUACAAUUCAGGUCCAUUUCUAUGCAAAGGCUUUACAGCAUAUCUUUUUUUCUUUAACUUACAGGCUGUCAGACUUUCAUGUAAUCUUUUAAAGUGUGUUUGGUCAGCAGUUCUGGUGGCUUUGUAAGACCUUUCUCAGGGCUUUUAAAAAAUUUUCUUUAAAAUUCAACUCAACUGUCCGGUCCUUUUACCUCACCAUGACAGUAUACUGUGCGUGGUAUUUUGGGAAAUAGCACAAAGUUAAUACUAGUACUAACUAGUUAGUACUAACGAGUACUAACCUGUACUGGUUAAUUAUAACCUGUACUGUUUUAACACCAGGGUACCAUAAAAGGUAAUUAAGGACCCUUUUGCAUUUGUUCCAUUCUUAAACAGUUUUCAUUUUAAUACUAAAUUUAUGAAAGGUCAGUAAAGUUACAUGAAUUUUCCCAGCCCACAUGUGUGAUUUUAUGAAUAACACAUAAAACAUGCUUAAAAAAUUUCUAAAAGUCUAUUUUGGUCAUUAAUACAUAAAAUUAGCAAAAAAGAUAUUUUCUGAUCUUUUUGUUUCUCAGAAUUAAACCGAGUUUUGGUUCAGUGAAAUGGAUACACCUCUGUUUGAGUGUCUCUGUGGACAAAGUCCAAAGAAAAUCUGUCUGAAUGCCGCUCACUUUCUUUUACAGUCAACAUAACCCAAUCAUAACACUUUAACUUGCAAUAUAACCAAAUAAGCCCACAGAAAAACUUUUAGAUACAUUUAGAAAGGCUUGAGAAAUUAAUCUAAACCACUUUAGCAACAUUGCAAGAAAGUCUUUCUGCUUGGAAGCAAACUAUGAAGUAAAAAAGGGUUGUUUAAAACUUUUGGACUGUAGUGGAACCCAGAUCUACUGGCAACAAAUACAACAAACAACCCCAUUUGGAGUUUUUCCAUUCAGUGCAUCUAUUUUUUUCUCCUUUGUUUUUAUUGUUUAUGCUUUUGUUUCUUUGAGAAAAUGCUCGUGUGAUCGCAUGCCAACAAAUCUCCACAAGGUGGACACAGCACCAAAAAUGCAUUCACACACAUGGCAGGGGGUCUUACAGAGGCAGUGCGGGCCUCUCCGUGGGGCUUCCUGCCCCAUGCACUCCCACAUCCUGUGCACAGACUAGAAAUGUGGAGAGAUGGCCGAAGAGAGCCUGCCCAGUAGCUCAGUAGCACCACAUCAACUUAACACACUCAGAUGGCGGCAACUUACAACCAGCCUAUUGGUGCUAAAUCCCAUCUAUUCAAAGACUUGAUUAAAGGGGAGGAACAAACAGAAAACAUUUAAGCUAUUCCCUCCCUAAUAUUUGUACGUGUGUCUUUUUAUAUAUUAUUAUUUUUAUUGUUAUUUUUAGUAAUAUUUCCUGGCCAGCUACAUGUCUGACUGGACAUCAUGUACAGUGCGUAAAAAUAAAAAUUAUUUAUCUAUGAAAGAAUUAUAAGCUGAUCCAAAAUUGGUUUUCUUAUGAAGAAUUCAGUGACUCACCGAUUGCACAGCACAGUCUAUAUGAUUCAGUGUAUUUUUGGGGACUAUAAUCACUAAUGAAUGUUUUCUUCUUAAAGAACCAUUUCCUUCUGUUGCUAACCUCCACUCAUUUUCAGUGUGGCAUUCAGGCCAUCCAUGUUCACCAACCCUUAAGGACAGUGAACCUCUCACAACAUCACUUCCCUCCAUGCACACCCAGCCAUCUCGCCUCUGCCAGUCAGCGCAGAACCAGGGUCACAUUUCUGUUCUGUCACAUUUUAUUCAGUUUUCAGACCAGCCUCUUAAAGCUGAAGCUCUCUCUGUUCACGGGUAUUGUAAUGUUUUAUUCAAGCUUCUCGUGGUACAAGCUACAAAUCACAAAGCUAUUUUUUUUUCCAAGAGAGGAAAUGAUUUUGAAUCAAGAUAUACUUUGUAUUUAAUGUCAUUUUUUAAAUAAAAAAUGAACACAUUU